AUGGUCAAUUUUGAUGAGAAAUUCGGAAAAUUCAAGAAUAAACAAUGGGAUCCUUUUCAAGAAUUACGGAAAUCUGAUGGGUCAUUUGAAAACUUACCAGAACCGGAUUUCCCUCCUAAAUGCAUUAAUCAGCUUUAUUCUCAAAGGGCCGAUAUAGAGAUGGAUUCCUUGUAUGAUAGGAUUCCAUUUGAGAAUAAGGAUGGUGGUGUCUGGAAACAAGGCUUUGAAAUCCCGUAUGAUCCUUUAGAUCAGGACAUUCAGGAGUUAGAAGUGAUUAUCUUACCCCAUUCUCAUCAAGAUACAGGUUGGAUACGAACAAUUGAUGAAUACUUCGAGUCCCAGUCUCGUAAAGGUUUUGACUCCACCGUCGAUUUCCUGGGCAAGAAUCCCUCCUCUCGUUUUAUUUACGCUGAGGUUUCCUUUCUUGAUUUGUGGUGGCAAACUCUGGCUCCAUCAGUCCGAACUCUUUUCACUAAAUUGGUUCGGGAAGGCCAAUGGGAAAUUGCUACCGGUGGCUGGGUAAUGAACGACGAAGCUCUUACUCACUACGGGGCCACGGUCUCCCAGCUCAUUGAGGGCCAGCACUGGUUGUUGGACAACCUAGGUGUCUUGGCUAACGUCAGUUGGGUGAUAGACGUGUUUGGCCACAGCACUACAGAAGCUUAUAUUCUAGCUAAAGCAGGUAUCAAGGAUAUUCUCAUUCAUCGUGUACACUAUGAAGUCAAAAAGUCCCUGGCUGAAAAUAAGCAGUUGGAAUUUAUUUGGAAACAACCAUGGGAUACCACUGGUGAAUCUGCAGUUUUCACUCACAUGUUGCCCUUCUUUUCAUACGAUAUUCCGCAUACCUGCGGACCCGAUCCUGCAAUUUGUUGUCAGUUUGACUUCAUGCGAAUUUCACUCGGCUGCCCUUGGAAUGUUUCUCCGAAGAUAAUUGAUAAGAACAAUGUUGCUGAUAGGGCCAGGAUGCUUGUGGAGCAGUAUCGAAAGAAGUCGAAGCUGUACAACAAUAAUGGAGUUCUUCUGGUGACACUCGGCGAUGAUUUCCGUUGGCUAACCCCUGAAGAGUGGGAGUUGCAAGUGUCUAACUAUGAAAUGCUAAUGAGACACAUCAAUGGCUUACGAUCUUACCGUAUGCAUAUUCGUUUUGGUACACUCUCUGAAUACUUCCAACUAGUGAAUUCACGCAAACCCAAGAAGGAAUUCCCUACUCUUCAAGGCGAUUUUUAUACGUAUGCCGACAAGGACGAUGAAUUCUGGAAUGGCUACUUCACAAGUCGACCAUCUCACAAGGCUAUGUCUCGUGUUGUUGAGGCCGAAGUUAGAAAUGCCGAUAUUCUUUUCUCCAUGGCGCGUCAUUGGGCUCCUUCAACUGUGAAAUCUGACGCACUCUUCAUCGCUCUUUACGAGAAACUCACUGAAGCUCGUAGACAUUUGGCUCUUUUCCAGCAUCACGAUGGUAUUGUCGGUACCUCAAAAGCCUACGUCAUGCAAGAUUUCCGCAGGAGACUUGCCUUGGCUUUAAGCCAUGCUCAGAACAUCUCAUCUUUCAGCACUGCCUUCCUUCUUGGGAGCGACAUUCCGGAAAUAUACUCAAAUCUUGAAAGCCUCGUCAAAGGUUCUACAGGCACUAUUCCUCUCAUAGUUUCUGCUAACCCCCACUGGAACGCCACGGCUUCAAUGUCGCAAUUGCACACAAUUACUCUGGAGAGUCUGGAGGACGCUAAAACUUUAUAUGUUUAUAACUCGCUGCCUCAUUCAAGAGAGCAUGUUCUUAAACUUCUGGUCAAUAUGUCGAAAAUUUUGACUGAUAUCAGGAAACAGGUGAGCUUGUUUGUUGAUUUUCAACAACUAGAGUGA